GUCACUUGAGUUAUUUUUCAGUCUGUCAGAGUUUCUGCUGCCGACUGGAAACUGAUCUCAGAGACUCUCUGCAGCCGGCCGUCCGGAUCUUCUGACUCCUCACAGUUUCCAAACAUUCGUUCAGAGUCUUCCUCCAUCUGAACCUCCACCGGCCCCUGGCCCCAAAACGCCGCCUGCCGGCCCCACAGCAGCACCCCCUGCAGAGCCCCCUGCAGCGUCCCCUGCAGCGUCCCCUGCAGAGCCCCCUGCAGCGUCCCCUGCAGAGCCCCCUGCAGCCAUGGACAGCGUCCCGCAGCGCUGGGUGUUGAAGCCUCUCUCCCCGCUGCUGCAGCCCUCUGACCUGCGCUCCAUGGCUGGUCCGGCACCGAGCGACUCCACCGGCCCUGACGACCUGGUCUUCACCUACGACAACAUCUCCAUCGCACGAAGUUUCUCCUCCGUGGUCGUCUCCUCCCAGCAGGGCGCUGGGUCGGGGGAUGUGGUGGUUCAGGCCCGGCAGGUUGCGGUCUCGCAGCACGGAGGCGACGCCAGCGAGGAGUGGCGUACCAGCAGCCCCAGCACUCCCAGCAGCAGCUCGGGCUCUCACUGCGGGUUCUACUCGUUCGUGGAGGAUCCGGCGAGUCCAGAGGCCGAGCUGAACGAAGCCUGGAUGGUGUCGCCGCAGCGACAGACGCAACUCGCCACCCUGAAGGAAGAUAAAGGAUUCAAACUACAGACCUACGCCAGCGGCAGGAAGCCGGAGAGUCUGUUCGCAGACAGCAACGGUGACUCGGCGUACCAAGUGGAUCCGAACAACGGAAGCGAAGCAGUUCGCGAAGAAGAAGAGAAGCAGCUUCGACACGAGAUCAUUCGCAGCCAAGCGCCGAAGAAGAUCCCAACGUUGAAAUAUCAGUGGAGCGCGCUGGAGAGCCUGGAUUUGAGCAGAUCUCCCAACAAACUCAUCCAAGGUUUCAGCGUGAGCUACAGUCUGGCCCGCUCCAGACCAGAACCCUCCGGCGCCACCGAGCCCGGGACUGUGGACCAGGAGCAGAUCAACUUCAGCGCAGUGCGACAACAGUUCCUUCAGAUGGAGCGGGACCGUCUGACGGUGCUGCCCGGCCCGCUGAGGUCCUCCAGAACACGUAUGAACACGCCGCCACAACCGGCGCCGGAAGGGUCAUCGUCACAGGAAGUGGAGAUGCUUGACAGCGUGAAGACUCUCAGCCGGCAGAGCAGUGUAUUCGAUGACCUGGACUCUGGCCUGGAGGAGCUGUCUGUGGAGGUUAGCGGCGGCGAUGACACUGGUUUGCACGGCGCUCAGCAGGAGAACCGGAGCAGCUACGAGACCCCGAUAGAAAGGGAGAUCCGGUUAGUUCAGGAGCGCGAGGAGAACCUGCGGCGCUCUCGAGGUUUGAAGCUCAGCGACGGCCGAGCGGAGAUGGUCGAGAUCAAAACCAAACGUUUGCAGUCACCGCUGGCGCCUGUCAUCAAAACCAAACACUUCCAGUCGCCACUGGCGCCCAUCAGAGCCAAAGAGAAGAGCCGGGUGAGCUUUAUCAUCCAGAAGGAGAUUCAGGGAGGAAUCAUGGGACCGUCAACUAACAAUGGACGAUCCAGUCUGGAUCCUCUGCAGCUGGAGGACAUAAAGAGGGAGUUAAACCAACCAGACGAGGACGAGAGGACAGAAGAAAGACGCCAGUCUGAGUCUGGAGACCAAAUCUUCAUGUCGCCGUGCUGUCCUCAUCGACACCCUGAAGAAACCGAGUCGUACCUCAGCCGGAUGAGGUCGGCUCCGUCUGACUUCUCUGAGAGGGACUCAGACGUCCAAGACGCUCCAGGUUUCACCCUACACCCAACCACCAGAAUCCUUCUAAAGGACCAAACAUCUCCCUCCUCCUCCCCAACUCCUCCCCGCUGGCGUGAUCUGCCGGCCGCCAUGCCUCAGCCUGACGCGGGGACGUCGUCUUGGCGGGAGAACCUGGAGUCCACCGGGCUCACGUCUCGAGGAUCAAGCGCUCCAGAUUUCAUAGAGAAGGAUAUCGAGGAGUCGCUGAGACGAGAGCGGGAGCUAAAGGAGCUGAGGGAGAACAGGGAGGAAACCGAUGCUCAGAUCUUCUGUCCCACGCCGCUCGUGGAACAGGCAACCAAGAUGGCCGUCGCUCAGUUCUACCCGUCUGCUAACACAGAUAAAGCCAUCAGUGUUUCCUCUCAGUGUGCUCGUCCCUCCGUCCGUCUGCCCUCCAUCUCCUUCGUCACUGCUCAGCCCUUCUCCUCCCCCCUCCCCCCCUCCCCCCUCCCCGUGGCACGCCCCGCCUCCUCGGCCCCCCCUCCCCUCCGAGGUCUGACGGAGACGCUGCUGCAGGACUUUGAGGAGAGACGAGUCAAAGACAAGCUGGACGAGAGCGCAUACGCAGGGAUUCAGCUGGUCGACGACGUGAAUAACGAGGUCAUUGAGUCGACUCGAGUGAUUCGACAUAAAAACAAGCGUGCUCUGCGGUGGGAGGCUGGAGAGUUCGCCAACCAGGCGAACUGCUGAGACCUGAUCCAGAUCCUGGUCCUGAUCCUGAUCCUGAUCCUGAUCCUGAUCCUGAUCCUGGUCCUGGUCCUGGUCCAGAUCCUGGUCCUGAUCCAGAUCCAGUUUGUCUCUUCCCUAACAGAACUUUUCUCUGAUUGUUUCUCCCUCAGCUUAGAUUAAAAUGGUUUUACUAAAGUGGAACACUCCGAAUGAACAGCUGCUCCUGAUUGGUCCCAUCUCCUCGUCCAAUCAGCUGCCAGCAACUGAGCAGAAACAGAGAUGACGUGUCAGAAGAGAAAUAAAGAGAGUGAAGAAGAUUAACAAAUCUGAAUAGCAAGUUCUGAUUGUUUUCAUGAUUUUAAAAGAAUAAAAAAUAUUUUUCAAAGUGCA